AUGUCUUCAGACGAAAGUUUUUUGUGGACUAGUGCUUCAAAUAGCAAUAGUGAUAGUGAUGAUGGCAGUACAUCUCGUAAGUUCUCUGAAAUGAAGUCUGAAAUAAAAGAAGACUUUGUUAAAAACGAAGUAGGUGAGAAAUAUAAAAAGAUUAAGAAUAAAGCUGUAAAUGAAAAUUUUAUAAAAGAUGAACAUAGAAGUGACAUAGACUUGAAAAUUGUUAAAAAUGAAAACAGUAAAGGUGGUAUUGGUAACAAGGUACUAUUUAAUGACAGCUAUUUAAACUUGAGAGUAAAAGAAGAACAUUCAUCAUGUUUUGAUGACUCUGAUAUACCAGUAAAAAAUAAAAAUAAAAAGAAAAAGAGAAAACAGUCUCUUGUAGAACUAAACAACGAUGACAGAUUUCUAGAUUUAAGUAAUAAUGAGGACAAAAUUACAAUUGAAGAGACAGAUAAUACUAGAUCAUACUCAAAUAGAGAUGACCCACAUUCAGCUACAGAAGAUAGUAAUUAUGUUAAACAUAAAAAAAAGAAAAAGAAGCGUAGAUCUUCUGGUGUGAACUGUAACGAUAGUAAUAUAUCUGAAAUCACUUGUAAUAACUUUAGUGACCUAAAAUGCAUAGAUGAAAAUAAUUCUAUCAGUGAAAAUCAUUUUGAAAGUAAUGGAGGUAAUGUUGAUGAAUUGGAAUCCACUGUAAGGAAUCUAUCAAAGGUUUCUGACCGAAUACAGUUUGAAGAAGAUUUAGAUUUCAACAAAAGUAAUGACUUUAAUGGAAGUGUUAUUGAGGCAAAUGUUAAUCAAAAACAAAUAAGACGAUAUUUAAAGAAACAUACUAAUCUACAGCCAAUUUCUCCCAAAACUAAGCUUAAGGAUUCCACUAUUACAGACUCAGAUGAUGUUUGGCUGGUUAAAUGUCCUCAAGAUGUUGACAUUAUGCAUCUUAAAGAUAUACCCUUAAGCUUAAGUAACAAAACAAAGUUAAAAGUGGGUGGAAAGGUUUAUGAGUAUAUGGUAGACAACAAUAACCUUAGGUUACCCAUAUUGACAUUUCAUCAUCAAAACGAGCCUUUAAUUAAAAAUUUAAGAACAAAUGGAUGUAUUCAUUUAAAGAAUAAAGUGCCGAAAGUGCAUAUACCCGACAAUGAAAUAAUGAUUAACGAUCAAACAAAUUUUAUACCGUUACCGGACACCAAGUGUCGUCAUCCACUCUUUGGAAUACAUUAUAAGAAAUUGAUUAAAGUCCCAGUGGAAAUUGCCAAACGCUUACAUACAGAUCAAGAACUAAAUUCCCUUGCUGUUCAAGAUAAUAUAACAGUUAAGAAAAAGAAGCAAAAAAAAAAUAAAAGGUCCUUAGAAAAUAGUGGUGAAUUUCAGGAACCAAUAAAACUGGAACGAGAGGUUUCUAAGAAAAUAAAGAAACGAAAGCUCAGUUCUGGUACUAACAGUCCCAUUAAAAGUAAGAGAGUGAAGUAUGAUCCGGAUUCUACUCAGACUUGGGAUUCAGAGAAAGCCAUUGAAGAAAAUCUUUUUAACUUUUGA